GGGCGGGCACUGCGCGGAACCAAGGGCCGAGAGCGCUGGCCGAGGCAGGGACAGUUUGAGCGUCGCACCCGGGAGCGCCGGAAGCGGGUUCUGAGAGCCCGGAUCGCGACCGAGCGGACUCAGGAUGGAGACGGAAGCGGUUCAGGGUCCCCUAGCAGCAGCAGCCGCAGCCGCAGCAGCCCCUGAGCUCAGGGCCGGGCUGGGAGGGGGCUCCGUGCACUGGGGGGAACCGAGCGGGGCACAGCCCCCUGAGGCCCCCCAGUGCCGGGGCCCGGCCCAGGCCGAGGAGGAGAAGGAGGAGGAGGAGGAGGGCCAGGAGGACCCCGGCGUCCGGGCCAUGCUGCGCGCUGUGGCCGGCAGCCGCAUCCCCGUGCAGAGCCAGCAGAAGGACGAGCCCGACUUCACGGAGCGGGAGAAGGUGGCCAUCCUGGGCCGCCUCUACCGGGACAAACCCCUCGUCUUCCUGGAGCGGUUCCGGAGCAGCCUCCGGGAGGAGCACCUGGCCUGCUUCCAGCACCUACGCGGGGACUACCGGGCCGAUUUCUACUGCGCUGAGGUGCUGCGGGGGGGCGCCGGCCGGGACAGGGCCUCCCGCACCCGGCUAAGGAACAGGCGAUACGCAGCCCUGCAGGAGCUUAUCCGGGGUGGGGAGUACUUCAGUGACGAGCAGAUGCGAGCCAGGGACCCCCUGCUAUAUGAGCAGUACAUUGGACAGUACCUGAGUGAGGAGGAGCUGGCUGCCCGCUCCCCAAAGACCCUGGCCCCAGAUGGCUGCCCUCUAGCCGACCUGCUCCUCCAGUCCUAUCAGGAGGGGCUGCUGCAGCGAAGGCUGCUGCAGCAGCAGGAGGAGGAAGACGCCUGCCUGGAGGAGGACGAAGACGAGGAGGAAGAGGAGGAGGAAGAGGAGGAAAAUGCCGGGCCUGGGCAGGAGGAGGAGGCCUGGGUCCCUGACUCAGAGGAGAAGGUCAUCCUGAGGGAGGAGUUCACCAGCAGGAUGCACCAGCGCUUCUUGGAUGGCAAAGAUAGAGACUUUGAUUACAGUAAGGUGGAUGACAACCCGGAGUUUGACAACUUGGACAUUGUGUCUCGGGAUGAGGAAGAGCGGUAUUUUGAUGAAGAGGAGCCUGGGGAGGCGCUGAGCACAGAGCUGGAUGAGGACUAGGACCUUGGCCCCAACUUGUCUCCCCCACCUCCCCCAGAGGGGGCCUGGUGCAGUGGCCAUCGGUCCCCAGGAGGGUGUGCCCUCUGCUAGGCACGGGCCAUCCCCCACCUGUAACAUGACUGAUGAGGAAGCACAGCCUCUGGUGCUUUUGUGGGCCCCCAGGGCAGCACCCUGGAAUCCCUCACUGUCUCCCUUCUGCCUCUACCUUGCUGUCCCCCCUGAGCUCCCUUCUCCUUUCAGGCCCCUGAGCCCCGUCUUUGUCAAGCUCACCCGGUCAGGCACUCAGAACAGAACUGGCCUCCCAAGGAGUGGAGUUUGCUAAAAGAGGCCAGCCCCCAGCUCCCCUCCAGUCCCAACCACAGCCACAACUUUCCCUUCCUUCACUUCCUCCUGCCCUGUUUACGCUCCCCAAAUACUUGCAGCCUGUUAUCAUGG